CGACAUUUGAUCAUGUGACGGAACAGUCGCGUGACACGUGAUUCCUCCCCGACAAACCGAUUGUUCCGGCAGUAGAAAUCCAACACGAUGAGGCUGGUCAUCCUGGACGAGUAUGACCUGGCCAGUGAGUGGGCAGCUAAAUACAUCCGCAACAAAAUCAUCCAGUUCAGGCCUUCAGCAGACAGAUACUUCACUCUCGGUUUACCUACAGGGAGCACUCCUUAUGGCUGUUACCAGAAGUUAAUAGAAUACUACAGAAGUGGAGAUAUUUCAUUCAAAUAUGUGAAAACCUUCAACAUGGAUGAAUAUGUUGGUCUACCACGUGCUCAUCCAGAGAGCUACCACUCCUACAUGUGGAACAACUUCUUCAAGCACAUCGACAUCGAUCCAGCCAACGCUCACAUCCUGGACGGAAACGCCGACGACCUGGAGACAGAGUGUCAGGCCUUCGAGCAGAAGAUCUCCGAGGCCGGAGGGAUCGAGUUGUUCGUAGGAGGAAUCGGUCCUGAUGGUCACAUUGCGUUCAACGAACCGGGCUCCAGCCUCGUCUCCAGGACCAGAGUGAAAACCCUGGCUAAGGACACCAUCGUGGCCAACGCUCGUUUCUUUGGUAACGACCUCUCUAAGGUUCCCACCAUGGCUCUCACUGUGGGUGUAGGAACCGUCAUGGACGCCAAGGAGGUGAUGAUUCUGAUCACGGGAGCACACAAAGCCUUCGCUCUGUAUAAAGCCAUAGAGGAGGGAGUGAACCACAUGUGGACGGUGUCGGCCUUCCAGCAACACCCACGCACCAUCUUUGUCUGUGACGAGGACGCUACGCUGGAGCUCCGAGUCAAAACUGUCAAAUACUUCAAAGGUUUAAUGCACGUUCAUAACAAGCUGGUGGACCCAGUGCUGAGCAUGAAGGACCAGUGACACAACAUCACCAAGGAAGAGAACUGAAGAUGUCCAGAUGGUCAGAGGUUCCUGGAUCCAUCAGGACUGGACGGCAUUAUUACUCUGCUACUGUUCUGUACCUGAGGAACAGCUGAGCCGGUGACUGGGUGACUCUCUUCCUGCCUGUGGAUUAUAUAUUAACCUCAGACAGUCACAGAUCCUUAAUGAGAGGAAAUGAUCAGGUCUUUAGUGGAGCUUCUUCCUCUGAGCUUCUUUGUCUAUCAGUUUGGAUUUAAAGGGACGUGGGUCCUCUUCAUCUCUGUUUGGUGUCAGAAGUUUGAGGCUUGAUUUUAAACACACAGCCUUCAUUCUGAAUCUCUCUGCUCUCUGUGAAUGAAUCAGUGCAGUAUAUACUUUAACUUUCCUUAAUGUUAACUUUGUUUUUGUUUUUUUUUCAUAAAUGAUUCAGUCCCAGUUACUGACUGUCCAGAGAAACUAUGGUACACAGAUGAACAUCAUCACAGGUGACCUCUGUCUCUGGUCAGACUUUCUUUCGUAUGAUUUUUUUUGUGUUUAUCAUACUCCCAGAGGGAGUGUGAACUGUGAGCAACUCCUCCAUUGACAGUCACAUGUUAAAUCACAUGUUGAACCACCACUGAGUUUUACUUGAAGUUUCAAACAGUGUAGAAUUUGACUAUGUUGGAGACAGUAACCUCUGUUUCUACUUGAAGAUGGUCUCUGGUCUCAGUUGUGAAUAUCCCUCUAGAUCUUCCUCUGGUGCAUGACUUUUGACCUUUUCCAAGUUGAUGCUGUGAGUGGUUUUUGCGUAGAGCUGAUAUGUUGUAAUCCAUUCUCUUGAAGACAGUGAGAUGUGAUUGAAAGCUCUGAAAAAGCAAGUUAUUGAACAUUAAGUUUAGAUUAGUGAUUUGUUUGCAAGCAUCCGCUCUACAGUGGGAUUCAAUGAUAACUGCUGCUUUUUCUGCAUGUCGGGUGUUCAGCUCCUGUUCAUGAUGAAUGAUCAUGAUGAAACAGACCUUGAUGUUAUUUACCCCAAGGUUUCUUUGAAAUGCAAAAGCACCUGAUUCAUGGUGCAUCUCCUCACCACUUCACUCGUGCAGGUUCCUUGUGCAGGCUGUGAAAUAUUUACAGAGUGAUAAUGUGAUUGACUUACAUCUUUUGUUUGGGUAUAACAUUCCUUCCUUGGUUGUCUUUCUUUCUUCAGUCACUCCUCCUGAAUAUCAGAUGGUCAUGGUUCUGACUUCUACUCAGUGCUUUUGCAAAUAAACUGUAGUUUUUAACUCUUUAUUUUCUAUUGACAAUAAAAACUUUGCUACGAA